AUGAACUUCUACAUAAGAAAACAAUUUGGAUUCACGACGGGUAAAAGUACCGGAGAGGCAAUAAGUUUUUUCGUGUCGGAUAUUGUGACCGAGCUGGAUCAAAAUCGGCGGACUGUGGGGGUUAUGAUGGAUUUGACAAAAGCGUUCGACUGUGUCGGUCACCCACAGCUUCUGGAGUGUCUAAGGUGUCUCGGUCUGGGGCGCUUGGCUCUACAGUGGUUGAACUCUUACCUAACUCAGAGAGAGCAGUGUGUGCAGGUUCGAGGGUUAGUCGUUCAUCGUGGCUCCAGUCAAUUUUGGUGUCCCUCAGGGUUCGAUCUUGGGACCAGUACUCUACAACCUGUAUGUAAACAACUUACCCCCAAGCGAUCCCACAUAACCAGCUUGUUAUGUACGCUGAUGACAUAG